CUCUCGCUUGUGAACAAACAAAUACAUUUUAAAACGUGCGUCGUUUUUAUUUGUUUCGCAGCUACAUCUAUCAUCAAAAAAUCUCAUUAAACGAAUUGUGUGUGAGUAUGGCUGUGUAAGAAACCUUCUCAAGAUUCUUAACCAGAAUGCUGCACCGAAGCACCUCGUCUCGUCGCCGACGAGCGUCCCGAAGCACUGCUUCGUCGCCCCAAACCCGGCCUUCUAGAUCUGCGGGUACAAGUCCCGGUCGACGCGCAAGCAUCGCAGUUUCACCCGUUGACAGUGAAAGAGCCUCCAGGAACACCCUAGCACCCGAAAUAAACCGAAGUCCUAGACAUAGUAUCAUUCCUGACAUAUCCCUAGAUUCCCAAUUUCCAGAACAUGAAAAUCUCCGAAGUCCUAGACACAGUCUAGCACCGGACGUUUUAAGCCCUAGAAAUAGUUUAGUCCCGGAAACGUCAAAUCUGCGAAGUCCAAGACAUAGUUUAGUGCCAAAUGACACUUACUCGCGAAGUCCACGUAAUAGUUUAGUGCCGGAUGCUGCGUUAAGUCCACGAAAUAGUUUAGUGCCGGAUAGUUUUAAUCGAAGUCCUAGAAACAGUCUAAUUCCGGAAUCUAGUCGAAGUCCUAGACACAGUAUAGCGAAUUUAGCACCAGAAUUCAACCGAAGUCCUAGAAAUAGUCUCGUUCCGGACUCGAACAGAACCCCACGGACGAGUUUAACACCAUCUGAGUCCACAAUUUGGCACAAAGAAGACAAGGAGAGCAACCGAAGUCCAAGAGGGAGUAUUGCCCCGGAAAGUCUUUGUGUUAGAACAAGUCCGCGAGGAAGCAUAGCGGGGGAAUAUGUAAGUGAUAGAAGUCCCAGGGGGAGUAUUGGGCCGGAAAGUGUCGGCGAAAAUAGAAGUCCAAGAGGAAGCAUUGCUAGAAGCACGCUGAAUGCGGAGGAUUGUGGACGAAGUCCUAGGGGAAGUCUUACGUUGACUUUUCAGGAACCGCCGGCUAAUGAACGCCGCUCCAGUGCUGACAACCCUUCCGGAUCAAGGAGCGGAGGUCGUAGCACAUCUCCUUAUAGAUCUUCCUCAAGAGGCGCAGUCAAUGCGGCUUACAGCGGGAAUUCAGGAUUUUCAGAGAGUGGAUCUAGACGUGCUAGCAGCUCCGUUAGCCAGGUGUCCGGAGACGAGCAACGACGACUUUGCUCCGACCAGAAAUAUGGGGGCGACGAACCGGGACUUGGGCUCGGAAUCUCACUCACCACUUAUGGAUCUGUGGCCUAUCAACUGAAAGACGCCAAUUUGGAGGCGUCGGGAACCUGCGAUUUUGUCUGCAAAGCCUUGAGCAUCGUCAAUAAAACAGUGGUUGUUACGAUCGUUCUGGUGUGCUUAUCCACUCUACCUCUGCUAAUGCUUAUCAUGGGUGAUGURGGCUGCGUGAAAAUGGGCUUGACCCUCUACAGCCAACUACACACCCGUCGAAUGGACGCUUCCAGCGCCGCCAACGCCGCUUCCAUCGGCUCUCGAGUCGCCUCAAUCGCCCUCACCGGAUUCCUCAUCAUCUGGUUCAGCUUCGGGAAUUACUGGAUCUUGAGGAUCAAAUGGCCCGAUUAUGUCCCAACCCUCUUCGAGCCGAACCAUUGGUGCCAUCGCACUCUAUACGUCUUUGCUUUGGUUCAUCUCUGUGUGGUGUAUUCGGUGAUGGGGUGUGUGGUGGUCUUGAUGGUGGUGCUGGCUGGGUGUCAAAUGUUUGGGUGCCCCUGGUUGGGACCAGCAAGGUAUAAAUAGCACAAUCCGCCUGAUUAUUUCGAAUUGUGGGAUAUGCCCAGGACUUACCAUUGACUUGCUCAUGAGGUUUGUUGCUUCCAGUAAUAGAAAAAAUUGUGUGUAAAUAAACGUUGCGAAAUUGGGGCAACGACUAAAGGAAUUUUAGAUGUAGUGAUAACGUCAAUUAGCUAAUAAUGUAGAUAAUACUCUCAUCAUAUAUUUUUAUUAAUACUUUAUAACCGCUAUGUAUCUUAUGAUAAUAGU